GGGGCUGGGGGAGUCUGUGAGGUUAAAUUGGGGUCCUGGGCUGGGUGUGGGGCUGGGAUGUUGGUCUGAGAUUGGGGGGCUGGGGCUGGGGGCCCGUUAGGCUAGGGGGCAGGACUGGGGGGCUGGGAGUCAGGAUGCAAAUGCUGCUGCAUUGAGGGCAGGGGCUCAUGGGGGGCAGGGUUAGGGGGCUGAGCUGGAUGUGCUCCGUCAAUACAGGACGUCCCAGGUUUGGCUCUCAGUGACCCUGGCCCCUGGGGACAGCAGGACAUCUCCGUUCAGGCCCUGAAGCCAGCUGGGCUGGCAUCGCCCCCUGUACCUUCCAGUGCAGGGCGGGCCGGGGCUGGCUGCAGAAAGCUGAUAUUGUGCAAUCUAGGACCCAAGCCUGCCAGGAGCUGCCGAGCCCCCACCACCAAUCACUGGAGUCAGAGCCCGCAUCUUGCAGGUGCUCACUACCACACCUGGUCAGGCCCUCACCUGUACCAAAGUUCACUGCUAGCAGGCGCUCCCACUUCCCCAUUGCCCACAAACAGCACAGAAGUCAUAAAUCAUUCCCAGAACAAACAUAGGCCGUAACUGCUGCAACUCAGGGCUGGUCACAGACCCGGUAGAGGCCGCUGCAGUUAAGUUAUUAAAAACAGUCAAAAGGCAGGAAAUUGAACAUUAAGGCAACUAGCUCUUAUCUCACAACACCAAAAGUAAAACCGGGGCAUGCUGAAAACAGGCUCUGAGCUUCCUGCAACGCAACCCUAAAUAACAUAAUUUCAUUAAAUUGGAGGGGGGGAAAAAAGCCACCUGCAUUUUUAGUUGCUUCCAUUCACAAAUCUCAACGGACUUUACAAACAGUAACGAAUCCUUACAAAUCCUCAGUAAUGUGCUUUUUUCAUUGCCCAUUACUGAUGGGUAUGUUGAGUCUCAGAGAGGAGAAGUGACUUGCCCAAGGUCAGACAGUGAGUCAGUGGCAAAGCCAGGAACUGACUCCUAAUUCCUGUUCUGGCCUCCUGCAGGACUCUACUGCCCCUCCAGAUAGCAGGCCGCGUACGCAAUCCAGCAGGUGAGGCACCAGGCUGAAUCAGGUGAGCUUGACUCCUGGCUCUGCCACUGACUUGUGUAGCGUUAAGCAAGCCACUUAAGCUCUCUGUGCUGUAGCUUCCCAAUCUGUAAAAUGGGCAUAAGAGAGCCGUUGCUCGGUAUCUGUGGAACAUCAGACGUAUUUGGAAUUCGAGCUGCCAGGCAACCAGAGGAGGCGGGAGGGGGCCCCUUUGCCAAGGCAGAGAUGCAAAUAUAAGUCGCCAAACAAGUUAUCAUUCCGGCCAGCCCCACGGAUCUAGGGCAACGGUCCCAGCUGCUGACAAGUAGAGGAAAGGUUCUAGAACCCAGCCCUGUCAGUGAUCUCAUUAUCGGGCGGGUUCUGGAACUUCGGGGCCAAAUACGCAUUUCAAAGAACAUGUAGGAGGGGAAAGGAGAAAGCCCAGUAGCGCCUCGGAGAGGAGCUUCUUCUGCUGUCUCCAGGCUUACGGACAUGGAUGACACCUCGGCUUCAGCGGGGUACUCCCACCCCCAUAUGGAGAGAAAGAUGAGUGCCAUGGCUUGCACAGUCUUCAACGAGCUUCGACUGGAAGGGAAACUCUGUGAUGUAGUCAUCAAAGUCAAUGGUUUGGAGUUCAAUGCCCACAAGAACAUCUUAUGUAGCUGCAGUUCCUACUUUAGGGCUUUGUUUACCAGUGGCUGGAACAACACGGAGAAGAGAGUGUACAAUAUCCCUGGCAUCUCCCCUGACAUGAUGAAGCUAAUUAUCGAAUACGCCUAUACGAGGACAGUCCCAGUCACUGCUGACAACGUGGAGCGGCUACUGGCUGCAGCAGACCAGUUCAACAUCAUGGGCAUUGUCAGGGGGUGCUGCGAGUUCUUAAAGUCUCAGCUGUGCUUGGAAAACUGCAUUGGCAUUUGCAAGUUCACGGAGUACUACCACUGCCCGGACCUGCGGCAGACGGCCUACAUGUUCAUCCUGCAUAACUUCGAGGAAAUGGUAAAGGUGUCUACGGAGUUUCUCGAGCUCUCGGUCAAUGAGUUUAAAGACAUCAUUGAAAAGGACGAACUCAACGUGAAACAAGAAGACGCAGUGUUCGAGGCCAUUCUCAAAUGGAUUUCCCAUGACCCCCAGAACAGGAAACAGUACAUUUCAGUCUUGCUGCCUAAGGUUCGACUAGCGUUGAUGCAUGCGGAGUACUUUAUGAACAACGUUAAAAUGCACGAUUUUGUAAAGGACAGUGAGGAAUGCAAGCCUGUCAUCAUAAAUGCACUGAAAGCCAUGUAUGAUCUCAACAUGAACGGCCCCUCAAGUUCCGAUUUCACCAACCCGCUCACGAGGCCUCGCCUGCCCUAUGCAAUUUUGUUCGCUAUUGGCGGAUGGAGCGGGGGUAGCCCAACCAAUGCCAUUGAAACGUACGACGCCCGAGCAGACAGAUGGGUGAAUGUCACCUGUCAGCAGGAAAGCCCCCGUGCUUACCAUGGCGCUGCCUAUUUAAAAGGUUACGUCUAUAUCAUUGGCGGAUUCGACAGCGUGGACUAUUUUAAUAGUGUCAAACGGUUUGACCCACUUAAGAAAACAUGGCACCAGGUGGCUCCCAUGCACUCGAGACGCUGCUACGUAAGCAUCACUGUUCUUAACACCUUCAUCUACGCCAUGGGAGGGUUCGACGGCUACGUGCGUCUCAACACAGCAGAACGGUACGAGCCAGAGACAAACCAGUGGACGCUGAUUGCACCCAUGCAUGAACAGAGAAGUGACGCGAGUGCCACCACGCUGUAUGGAAAGGUCUAUAUAUGUGGUGGGUUCAAUGGAAAUGAAUGCCUAUUCACAGCUGAAGCAUAUGAUGCUAAGACAAACCAGUGGACGCUAAUCGCACCGAUGAGAAGCAGAAGAAGCGGAAUAGGAGUAAUAGCUUAUGGAGAACACGUCUAUGCGGUAGGAGGCUUUGACGGCGCCAACCGUCUUCGGAGUGCAGAAGCCUACAAUCCAGUUGCCAACACCUGGCGUACAAUCCCCACCAUGUUUAAUCCGCGUAGUAAUUUUGGCAUUGAAGUGGUGGAUGACCUUCUGUUUGUGGUGGGUGGCUUUAAUGGUUUCACGACCACAUUCAAUGUUGAAUGCUACGAUGAAAAGACUGAUGAGUGGUACGAUGCCCAUGACAUGAGCAUAUACCGUAGUGCUUUGAGCUGCUGUGUGGUGCCAGGACUAGCCAAUGUCGGGGAGUACGCGGCCAGACGAGACAACUUUACAGGGUUAUCACAGCGAGAUGAAGUCAAAUACUCCUCUUCGACAAGUACCCUACCUGUAUGAAUAGCUCCACUUAGCUAAUAAAGUCUUCUAAGCAAGAACUGUAUGUAUUCACUUUUUACAAUAAAAGCAAUUGGAUACAAACUCACAGGAAU